AUGUCGGGUAACCCAUACAGUCCCGGAGGUUCUGCCGGCAACGAUUUAAUUGACACAGGCAACGCAUACAACACCGGCCAGCGGCCGCCCGUGGACGAUCGGCACCUGACACAACAAUACGACAUAAACGACUCCGACGAGCCCAACCCAAGACCCUCCACCAGCUACGAUGACUUUGUCGGAGCACACCCUCAAGGGCCCUCCCGCGGCCAGCCCUCUACCUACAAUCCUCCACAGCCUUUCGCUCCGCAAUAUAACGAUAGAAACUACUCUCAGACCUCCGACUUGAACAAUUACUCGCGAUACCAGGACGGCGACGAAUUCGGGGACGACUAUUCUUCACAGCACCAGAAAUACUAUGAUGGCGGCGGCCGCCCGGAUGCAGACUACUCAGGCGCGGGAGCCAGCAACAGACACGGAAGACAACGUAGCAGUGUACUGUCCAUGGGCGGCAGCAUGGUGGACAAGGCGAAGGGCAUGCUAGGUCUUAGGAGCGACGCCCACUAUUCGGAAAUGAACGUGCCUCUCACCGACGCCGGAACGCAGCAAUCACGAGUCGACACUGUCGGGACAGACGAUGCACCCUCAUCCAAAGAGAAGAAGCCACUAGUGGACAGGUUAACAGGCAUCUUCACCAAGAAGGUUGACCCGUCGAAAUUAGGCCCCCGAAUGAUUCAUGUGAACAAUUCGGGCGCUAACACGGGUCAUGGCUGGGUCGACAACCACGUCUCCACGACAAAAUACAAUGCCGCAACCUUCCUCCCCAAGUUCUUGUACGAACAGUUCUCAAAAGUUGCCAAUCUCUUCUUCUUGUUUACAGCGGUACUUCAGCAAAUCCCCAACGUUUCACCCACCAACAGAUACACUACGAUCGUACCGCUCCUGGUUGUCCUUGCUGUUUCUGCGGCAAAGGAAGCGUGGGAAGAUUACCAGAGGCGGCUGGCCGACCGCGGGUUGAAUUAUUCGAAAACCCGUAUCCUUAAAAAUGGAGACUUCGCCGAGACGAAAUGGAUCAAUGUCAAGGUUGGGGACAUCGUGCGGGUGCAAUCAGAGGAGCCAUUUCCAGCCGAUCUGGUCUUACUCGCUAGCUCAGAGCCAGAAGGACUGUGCUACGUUGAAACCGCAAACUUGGACGGAGAGACAAACUUGAAGAUCAAGCAGGCCAUUCCGGAGACUGCACAUCUCGUCAGUCCGAGUGAGCUCUCUAGGCUGUCAGGAAGAAUCAAGUCCGAGCAGCCGAACAGCAGUCUCUACACUUAUGAAGCCACCAUCGCAUCCAACAUCUCCUCUUCGGAGAAGGAGCUCCCACUGAAUCCGGAACAGCUGUUAUUACGAGGUGCUACUCUGCGAAACACCCCUUGGAUUCAUGGAGUGGUUGUUUUCACUGGUCACGAGUCGAAGCUCAUGCGAAAUGCGACGGCGACGCCUAUCAAGCGAACCGAUGUCGAGCGCAUGCUGAACCUCCAGAUUAUCAUGUUGAUUGGGAUCCUGCUUGUACUCAGCGCUAUCAGCACCAUUGGUGACCUCAUCGUCCGAGGAAGCUGGGGAAGAGACGCUUUCUACCUCGAAUUAGGAGACUACAGCACUGUGGAGCAAUUUUUCCUGGAUAUGUGCACAUACUGGGUGCUCUAUUCUAACUUGGUACCUCUAUCAUUGUUCGUCACUGUCGAAAUUGUCAAAACAGUCACUGCGCUGCUCAUCGGUAGCGAUUUGGACAUGUACCAUGCGGAAACCGAUACUGCAGCUGUGUGUCGCACAUCGUCACUGGUAGAAGAGCUUGGUCAGAUUGAGUACAUUUUCUCGGACAAGACUGGUACUUUAACGUGCAACAUGAUGCAGUUCAGGCAAUGCUCCAUUGGGGGCAUUAUGUAUGCGGAUGCGGUACCAGAAGAUAGGCGCGCCUCUGGUCCAGACGACUACGAUGGUAUUCAUGAUUUCAAGCAACUGAUCCAGAACCAGCAGGGACACGAGACAUCUUCGGCUGCUCAACACUUCCUGACACUUCUUGCGACUUGCCACACCGUCAUCCCUGAACGGACGGACGAGAAGGCAGAAAUCAAGUACCAGGCCUCUUCUCCAGACGAGGCUGCACUUGUCGAAGGAGCAGUCCAGCUUGGCUACAAAUUCGUUGCCCGAAAACCAAGAUCAGUUCUCAUUGAAGUCCAUGGUGAAGAGCAGGAAUACACAUUAUUGGCUGUGUGCGAAUUCAACUCUACCCGCAAGAGGAUGUCAACGAUCUAUCGCUGUCCAGACGGCAAAGUUCGCAUCUAUACCAAGGGUGCUGAUACUGUCAUCCUGGAACGAUUGGCGAAGGACAACCCGGUGGUUGACGCUACCAUGCGCCAUCUUGAGGACUACGCCACCGAAGGUCUCCGAACGCUAUGCCUGGCCAUGCGAGAAAUCCCUGAGGAUGAAUAUCAGAGAUGGCAGCAGAUCUACGACAAUGCCGCUGCGACCGUCGGCGGCAAUCGAGCGGAAGAGCUUGAUAAGGCUGCUGAGAUAAUUGAGCGAGACUUCUUCUUCCUUGGUGCGACAGCCAUCGAAGAUCGCCUUCAGGAUGGCGUCCCCGAGACCAUCUCAACUCUCCAAACCGCUGGCAUCAAGAUUUGGGUGCUGACUGGCGAUCGACAAGAGACUGCCAUCAAUAUCGGUAUGAGCUGCAAACUAAUCAGUGAGGACAUGACGCUUUUGAUCAUCAACGAAGAUAACUCCCACGACACAAGGAACAGCAUUCAGGCCAAGCUCGACGCCGUGCGUAGUGCAGCAGCCAAUGGCGAACAGGACACUCUUGCUCUCAUCAUCGAUGGAAAGUCGCUCACGUAUGCGCUGGAGAAGGAUCUGGAGAAGCUGUUCCUUGAUCUCGCUCUGAUGUGCAAAGCGGUCAUCUGCUGCCGUGUGUCGCCUUUGCAGAAAGCACUAGUUGUCAAACUUGUGAAGCGAAAUCUCAAGAAACUGUUACUCGCCAUUGGCGACGGUGCGAACGACGUGUCGAUGAUCCAGGCGGCGCAUGUUGGCGUGGGUAUCAGCGGUCUCGAAGGGCUACAGGCCGCCCGGAGCGCCGAUGUUUCGAUUGCCCAAUUUCGCUUCCUGCGAAAACUGCUGCUUGUUCAUGGAGCGUGGAGCUACCAGCGAAUCAGCAAGGUCAUCCUCUACUCAUUUUACAAGAACGUCAUUCUCUAUAUCACACAAUUUUGGUACUCAUUCCAGAACAUGUAUACCGGCCAGGUUAUCUACGAAUCGUGGAUUCUGUCAUUCUACAACGUGUUCUUCACAGCAUUGCCGCCCUUUGCCAUUGGUAUUUUCGACCAAUUCAUCAGUGCGAGACUGCUUGACCGGUAUCCUCAACUGUAUCAGUUGGGACAGAAAGGCACGUUUUUCCGGAUGCACAGUUUCUGGACCUGGGUCGGCAACGGGUUCUAUCACUCCAUCAUUUGCUACGUCUUUUCGAUCUACUUCUUCCGCGAGGACCUCAUCUUGAGCAACGGUAAGAUUGGUGGACAUUGGCUCUGGGGCACGUCGACCUAUACCGCUGUACUGCUGGUUGCGCUAGGUAAGGCGGCACUGGUGACGACCAUCUGGAAUAAGUGGACAGUGCUUGCUAUACCAGGCUCGUUUGUCAUCUGGCUUGCUUUUAUCCCCUUCUAUGGCUGGCUCAGCCCACGACUCGCCGGCGGUCUUGCAACUGACAAUGAGUUGGUUGGCAUCGUGCCCAAGAUGUUCACAUCGCCAAUCUUCUACGCACUGUGCUUGAUUUUGCCUCCUGCAUGUCUUGUGCGGGAUUUUGCAUGGAAGUAUGCGAAGCGGAUGUAUCGCGCGCAGGAUUACCACGUUGUGCAGGAGAUCAACAAAUACAACGUGGCGGACUACCGCCCACGGAUGGAACAGUUCCAGAAAGCGGUGCGGAAAGUUCGGAUGGUGCAACGACAACGCAAACAAAGAGGUUACGCUUUCUCUGCCAACGACGAUGGUGGCCAAAUGCGGCUGCUCAAUGCCUACGACACAACGAAAGAGCGCGGCAGGUACGGCGAGAUGACAAGCUCUCGCGUGGAGCCUGGGAACCAGCAUCCCAUGGCCAUGUAA